GCGACGUGCCGGUGCUCGUCUUUGCUCGUCGAAGGUGUGUGCGACCCCGGUGCGCGUAUACCGCUGGAUCGAGUGGGUGCGUGAGUCAUCAUCUUUGGCCCGUGCGACUCGGGAAAGUGGAGUGGGCGGCUGGCGGCGGAGGCGUCUUGGGCGCUCUUCGGCGCCUUUCGGGUUGACUUCGCUGAUGUCACCCUGGAACGCCGCGCGACUCGGCUUCGAUCGGUGUGGGACUGCGGACGUGCACCGCUCACGGAUACGCCACUGAUGCGGUCCGGCCGCCCCCGCCUGGAAAGUCGUCCUGCGCGGCCUUCAAGGUGAGUGUGCAAGACGGCCAAGGCCUCCUCGGCUGGCUGGUGCGAAAUCCGUCAUGGCGACAUGUCUCAGGAGGGCGAGGUGAGCGGCCCAACGAUUGGCUGGUGGCGGUGCGGUGAACGUUAGCGGCUCAGCGGCCGCCAUGUGGCUGGUGCCGAGGCGCCGGGGCUUGGUGCUCAAGCUGCUGCUGGCCGUGCCCGUCACCUGGCUUCUGGUGACGUUGCUCUUCACCUACACGGACGUGCGCCUCAGGCCCGGAGCGGACCAGCCUGGCUUCCAGCAGCAGGAACAGCAGCACCCGCAGCAAGCGCACAAGGAUGGCGACCACUUGGACAGCAAUGCCAUCAAGGACUCGAAGCCGGCCGACCGGAGGGUGGACGAGCAGCUGCCUCCCCUGGCGCGCAAGCGUGCCGAGCGGGAGAGGCCGCCCUCGAAGGAGGAUGACAAGGAGGCCAAGGGGCCCGCCAUGCAGGCGGUGCUGGUGCCCCCCCGCAACCCGGACGGCCCCGGGGAGCUCGGGCGCCCCGUGGUGCUCAGUGGGCUCACGGAGGAGCAGGAGAAGCGGGUCAAGAAGGGCUGGGACCAGAACGCCUUCAACCAGUACAUCAGCGACAUGAUCUCCCUGCACCGCUCCCUGCCGGACGUCCGGGACAGCGAGUGUAAAGAGGAGAAGUACCUGAAGAAGCUUCCCCCCACGAGCGUGAUUGUGUGCUUCCACAAUGAAGCGUGGAGCGUGCUCCUGCGAACGGUGCACAGCAUCCUGGACCGGUCGCCCGAUCCCCUGCUCCGAGAGAUCAUCCUCGUCGACGAUUUCUCCGACAUGCCGCACCUGAAGAGCCAGCUGGAGGACUACGUGGCCCACCUGUCCAAGGUGAAGAUAGUCCGUGCCCAGAAGAGGGAGGGCCUGAUUCGGGCGAGGCUGCUGGGGGCCGCUGCGGCCACAGCCCCCGUGCUCACCUACCUCGACUCGCACUGCGAGUGCACUGAGGGGUGGUUGGAGCCACUACUGGACCGGAUAGCGCGCAACUCCACAACGGUGGUGUGCCCCGUGAUCGACGUGAUCAGCGACAGCACCUUUGAGUACCACUACCGGGACUCCGGGGGAGUGAACGUGGGGGGCUUCGACUGGAACCUCCAGUUCAGCUGGCACGCCGUCCCCGAGAGGGAGCGCAAGCGGAGGCUGCACUCAUGGGACCCCGUCUGGUCUCCCACCAUGGCCGGUGGCCUGUUCUCCAUCGACAAGGCCUUCUUUGAGAAGCUGGGCACCUACGACAGUGGCUUUGACAUCUGGGGGGGAGAGAACCUCGAGCUGUCCUUCAAGACGUGGAUGUGCGGUGGCACCCUAGAGAUUGUUCCCUGCUCGCACGUGGGGCACAUCUUCCGCAAGCGAAGCCCGUACAAGUGGCGGUCCGGUGUCAACGUCCUGCGCCGCAACUCUGUGCGCCUGGCCGAGGUGUGGCUCGACGAGUACGCCAAGUACUACUACCAACGCAUCGGACAAGACUUGGGAGACUUUGGGGACGUGAGUCCUCGCAAGGCGCUGAGGAAGCAGCUCAAGUGCCGUUCCUUCGACUGGUACGUGCGCACCAUCUACCCGGAGCUCUUCGUGCCAGGAGAUGCCGUCGCUUCGGGAGAGGUACGCAACAAGGGCGAGGGGGGCCACACCUGCUUGGACAGCCCUGCCAGCCGGGACAACAUGCACAAGGCUGUGGGCAUGUACCCGUGCCACGGACAGGGAGGAAACCAGUACUGGAUGCUGAGCAAGGAAGGGGAGAUCCGCCGGGACGAAGCGUGCCUGGACUAUGCCGGGGACGAGGUCAUCCUCUACCCUUGCCACGGCUCCAAGGGCAACCAGCUGUGGCUCUACGACGACGUGAGCCACACGAUCCAGCACGGCAGCAGCCACAAGUGCCUGGAGAUGAAGCAGGACCGAGAGAAGGUGUCCAUGGAGACGUGCAACGGGAACCUCAGGCAGCACUGGAUCUUCCAGAACUACAAUGCCACAAAGGCCGCCGACCAGGGGAAGGGCCUCUGAGGCAGCCCCGCCCCUCUCGACGCGGCCUCCGCGCCGGGCGGCGGGACGUCACGGGCCGGGUGCCGCAUUUGCUCGACCGUGAGUGGACCCUCCUCGUGGGAAGGAGACCCCUCCGUCUGCUCCCACGCGAAGCGCACGGGGAGAGAACCAGUUGCCGCAAGUUGCGGGCAAUCAAAGUUUUGGCCGAAGGACGUAAUCUGCGCUUAGGUUCACAGCGCGCAAAACAUUGAGCAUAUAUAUUCGAGAAUACGUGGCAGCGCUUGAAGACAAGAACAAAAGGGGGAGAACUGGAUAACACUGCAUGCUAACUUUCAACCAUCUAUUCGCAGAUCUAUUUAUUCCUACGAGUAAACAGUUGAAAGUUAGUGGACAGUGUUGCCCAGUUCUCCUCCUUUUGUCCUCGUCUUCGAGCAAUACCUUAACUACUCUCAAACCCAGCACCAACUCCGUACAACAGUCGGCACUGCUGAGCCUAUAGUCUGUUACAGGUUAAGAAUAGCGGCAUACACCCCUCCCACGAAGCUCUCUGCUCGCCAUGGUUGGUAGCUUCCUCCUCUCCAGCAUUCACUGUGCUACAUUUGAAAGAGUGGAAGGGUUUUCUGGGAGGAGCUUGGUCCCUUUACUCUUAACCUUCAACAGAUUAAGGCAUCUAAGCGCAGAUCAUGUUCGUCUCGGUGUUUGUGGCAACUGGCGCUCCACGUGCCUUGUGGAAGCAUAGAGGUAUGGGGCCGCCUUUCCUCCGAGUCUAUUCACAUUUCGCCUGCCUCGUGGCGUUCUGGCGGUCGGCACUGAGAGCACAUGUUCCCGAAGGCAUCUCUUCGCUUCGUCCGCCACCGCUUCGUUCACGUCCUCUCUUCGGCUCGGCAGUCUCCGCGUCAUUUGGAAGCCGGAGAAGGCCAGAAGCAAAAGCCGGACGUCGAGAAGAAGCACCGGGAAGCGCCAGUGGUCGUUCCGGUAACCACAGUCCUUCCUCUGAACUUUUGGAAGCUCUGGAUGUGGACUAUCGAAAACUUUGAGUGCACAUGGGUGUGGGGGUGUCGCUGGGUGCACCGCGAAACCGUCCGGGGGUGGGAGACUCGAAGGCGGAAGAGGACGGAAGAAGAGGGAUUUCCACGAGAAGAGCAAGUGCCAAGAACCGUUCCCCGAGGCAUUGCGGGCAAAUCAAAUCCACAGCGAACAGCACAAAACUUGGACCCAAGAGCUGCACAAACCAAGACUGCCCCGGAACAGUGUGCUUUGCCAACAGUGCCUCUUUCGGACCUGCAUCGUUUUUAAUUGUUUGUUUUAUUGUUGCGUUUGUUGAGCGUGUGCCCUUGCCAGGCAACGUUGUAUGGACCUUGUAACAAAUUGCAGCCCCUAGGAACCACAGGAGUUGGGAGCUUCUGGGCUGCGACAAAGGAUGAGAAACAGUGCACAAACAUCAUUUUUGUAUUGUGAACCAUCUAAGUUAUGCUAAUGCUGUUGAGCUGUUCCAUAUUUUUUUUUUUCUCGCGCUACACAUGUAUUUGGUUUCAAGUUUGGGGUGGUGUGGUGUGCAUCUGAUACUCUCCUUUCCAGGAAGGUCUUACAGUUUUGUGGGGCUUUUGUUUCGUUUUGUGUCGUUUGGGGGGGGGGGGGGGGGGGGCGGUACCGGGUGCACUGUCGUGCGAUGUGGUUAAACCUUUUGUUCUGAGGUGAAGGAAGCUGUUUUACUGUGUAGCACUUGUUUCUUUCGUUUUUCUGGUUGAACUUUCAAAAAACUGCAUUCCAUCCUUCUAGUCAGCUCAAGCAUUCCAGUUAUUUUUGCUGCACGUGUGCAUGUGUGUUUUCAUUUCUAAGAAUGAAAAGAGAAAUGCUUUUGGACGUCAGAUAUUCAAAAUAAUUGUGCCUUACUGAAAGUAAAAGUUUGCAAAUGGUUCACUUUUCAUUAAUAAAACUGUUACUGUCCUGCA